ACCGCCGCCUUUCUCCGUAUCGUCGUCAGGUGACAGGCUGCGGAGCGGCUGGCCAGCCUCGCUGUCGCCCCCCAUCACCCGAACACAGCACACGCACCGUGUCCGUCAUCAGCGGAGGGAGAGGCAAGGCAGGAGCCGAGUGUUUCCCGUCUCGUCCUGCGUUAAAAGGAUUUUUCGCCUGCCGCUUUGGGGAGCGAGGAGCGCGCGGGACUCUUAACAGGGCGGGCGGCAUGUGUGCGCACACGGCGUUGCUGCUGCCGCUGCUGCUGCUGCUGGCGGCGUCCUUGACGCGAUCAUCUGAGGUUCCCGCUGAUGACUCGGUGAGUCUGCUGGCGGAGCCCCAGGUGGCCAUGUUCUGUGGGAAGCUCAACAUGCACAUCAACGUACAGAGCGGCAAAUGGGAGUCAGACCUGUCUGGUACCAAGAGCUGCAUAGGAACCAAGGAGGGCAUCCUGCAGUACUGCCAAGAGGUCUAUCCAGAGUUGCAGAUCACGAAUGUUGUGGAGGCCAACCAGCCUGUCAGCAUCCAGAACUGGUGCAAGAAGGGCCGCAAGCAAUGCCGCAGUCACACACACAUUGUAGUGCCAUACCGCUGUCUGGUUGGAGAAUUUGUGAGCGACGCCCUGCUGGUACCGGAUAAGUGUAAGUUCCUGCACCAAGAACGCAUGGACCAGUGUGAGAGCCACCUGCACUGGCACACAGUAGCCAAAGAGUCCUGUGGCGAUCGCUCCAUGAAUCUCCAUGACUACGGGAUGCUGCUGCCCUGCGGCAUUGAUCGUUUCCGAGGGGUGGAGUUUGUUUGCUGCCCCCUGGAGGCCGAACCAGAGUCAGACAGCGUGGAGAUGGAGGGGGAGGAGUCAGACGUCUGGUGGGGUGGAGCUGAGACAGAAUACUCAGAUAACAGCAUGUCACACCAGGCAGACGCAGAGCCUGCGACCACCGAGGACGACGAGGAUGAUGAUGAAGAGGUAGUGGAGGAGGAGGCUUUUGACCGGGACGAGAACGGAGACGGUGAUGAAGACAUUGGGGAAGAGGACGAAGAUGAGGGUGACGACAUGAUGGACGAGCAGGAAAGCGAUGAGCGUGGCGCCAGCAUCGCCAUGACAACAACCACCACCACCACCACCGAGUCUGUCGAGGAAGUUGUUCGAGCGGUUUGUUGGGCUCCUGCGGAGUCGGGCCCGUGCCACGCCAUGCUGGAGCGUUGGUACUUUGUGCCCGAGACGGGCCGAUGUGCCCCGUUCUUGUUUGGGGGCUGUGGGGGCAACAGGAAUAACUUUGGCUCGGAGGAGUACUGCCUGGCGGUCUGCAGCAGUUCCUUGCCCACCAUGGCCCCCAGCCCUCCUGAUGCUGUGGAUCGCUACCUGGAGUCUCCUGGAGAUGACAACGAACACGCCGACUUCCAGAAAGCCAAGGAGAGCCUGGAGGCCAAGCACCGUGAGAGGAUGUCCCAGGUGAUGAGAGAGUGGGAGGAGGCCGAGCGGCAGGCCAAGAGCCUUCCUCGCGCUGACAAGAAAGCUGUGAUCCAGCACUUCCAGGAGAAGGUUGAAGCGCUGGAGCAGGAGGCAGCGGGAGAGAGACAGCAGCUGGUCGAGACCCACAUGGCUCGGGUGGAGGCCUUGCUUAACAGCCGCCGCCGCCUCGCUCUGGAAAAUUACCUUAGCGCCCUGCAGGCCAAUCCUCCCCGGCCCCGGCAGGUGUUGAGCCUGCUGAAGAAGUACGUCCGUGCCGAGCAGAAGGACAGGCAGCACACCCUGAAGCACUACGAGCACGUCCGCACAGUCGACCCCAAGAAGGCUGCGCAGAUCCGACCCCAGGUUCUGACCCACCUGCGUGUGAUUGACGAGAGAAUGAACCAAUCACUGGGGCUGCUCUACAAGGUGCCUGGUGUGGCUAAUGAGAUCCAAGAUCAAGUUUCGGUUCUCAUGCAGAGGGUUCAGUCCGAGCUGUCUCAGCAAGUCUCCUCUCUGCAGAGCGAUGGGCGGGCUGACGGCAGGGUCAGUUAUGGAAACGAUGCUCUGAUGCCCGACCAGGCCUACAGCUCUGCACCUAUGGACCCUGGUCUGGAUCGACUGGGCUUCAUCCACCCUGAGAGCUUUAACCAGCCCAACACAGAGAACCACGUUGAGCCUGUUGAUGCUCGUCCAGUUUCCGACAGAGGCCUCCCUACACGACCUGUAUCUGCCCUCAAACCAGAGGAGAUGCCAGAGGUGCGGAUGGAGACUGGGGAGAGGCAAAGCACAGGUUAUGAAGUCCACCAUCAAAAACUGGUAUUCUUUGCGGAGGACGUCGGGUCCAACAAGGGUGCCAUCAUCGGGCUGAUGGUUGGAGGUGUUGUCAUAGCGACCGUCAUUGUCAUCACUUUGGUGAUGCUGCGGAAGAAGCAGUACACCUCCAUUCAUCAUGGAGUCAUUGAGGUGGAUGCGGCGGUGACGCCAGAGGAGCGCCACCUGACCAAGAUGCAGCAGAACGGCUACGAGAACCCCACCUACAAAUUCUUCGAGCAGAUGCAGAACUAAAGAGCUGCGCUCCACCCUUCUUCUUUUAGAGCUUUCACACACCCUCACGCCCGCUCACCCGCAGGCCCGCUUCCGUCCCGGCUCCAUGGCUCUUCCUUUCAGACUCCUACGCUUUCUGAAACUUCUAGAGCGUUGAAAGGGAAUCGGUUGUUUAGAAAAAAAUUUUUUAGUUUUGUUGUUCUGGUUAGAAAGCGAAGUGACGGCUUGGAAGGAAGAGACACGGAGCCAAACGGGAACAAAGCUUACACGCUUCCCCCCGAUCCCCCCGUUUGGUUUGUAGAGCGCCGCGUUUUAAAAUGAGCCUUUCGUUUGCAGUCGGUUAGACAAGGGUUCCCUGUUUCACCUGCACAUUUCAGCCCAUCACAGAGGAAAUGGAGAAAGAAAAAAAAAGGGUUUGUACAGAGACGCCAACGCCACAUAUCUUCUAUUUAUGUCGCUCAAAACCUUCUUCGCGGUCCUGCGCUGACUGCUCAGAGGUUCAACUGAAGUUGUAAAUCCCCACAUUUUAAUUGCUUUUCGCCUCCCUCCCUCCAUCUCCCCCCCCCCCCCCCCCGACUUCGACGUGACAGCUGUGCUGUGUUCGGUGACAUGACGGCUCUCGGAGCUGCUGUUGGGAGGCGGGGCUCUCUAGCGCCUCGCCGCGGCGGGAGUAAGUAAAAGCGCUUUCAGGUUUGUUUUUCAAAAAAGGAGGAAGAAAAAAAAAUUUAUAUAUAAACAUACGAAUAUGUAAAAGUUGAAAAAAUAUUGAAUGUUAACGUUUUGGGUUUUUGUUUUUUUUUAAUUGUUAUUUUAUGUGUGUUGAGACGAGAUUAGCUGUAAGUAUACGUAGUGCAUGGCCAUAUUGAUGCCGUACGGCGCAGCACCGCACGCUGAGGUUUUCGGCCCUCGUGCUAGACGUUUUAGCGGGAUUGUACAUUUCAAGUGUCUUCUUUGUGAUCUUGUCAUAUGAAGAAGAAGAAAAAAAAGUAUAUUUAGAAAUCUGGUCUGCUUCGUUGUCACACGGACAUGCUUUAAAAUGACUCUUUGCUCUUUUCGUUGGUCGCCAUGCCUCACUCUGUGUCCGCAGCAUGGGCAGAAUACUCUGUGUAAUAUAAUAUGAAAUGUAAUAGUAUCCGAAAAGGAAGUUGAUUGUGUUACUGUUUGCGUUCUAUGCACUCUUCAAGUUUCUUUAGAGGAAGUCUUGCCGUUGCCCCCCCCCCCCAUUUCAGUUUGAAUUGGGAUUAGGAUGAAGGUCCAGUUUCGGGAUGGAGGUGGACGUCAGAUUUACGUUGUCUUCCAUCCCUGUUUCAGUCAUUCCAGAUUCAGCAUUCCACCUUUGACACUUGUAAAUAUAUAUGGAUUAUUGAGGGGUUCCGAGGGCCCCCCAUUUUCAUGAUCGAGCUUGUUGGUCCUUAAAACCUCUAAAUCUUUUCUUUUUCACGUCUUUUCCCCCUCAUUGUACUUGUCAGCAACGUUGUACAGUAACCCUCAGCAGAAAGUGUGUGAGAAGUGGAUUAAGAGACGGGAAAUAGUCGGUCGUAGAGAUUAUUACAAUGCCUGUACAUUUUAGCCUGUCUCAUGACACGCGCACCAUGUUACACAUUCCCUUCACCGUGUGUCACACACACUCCCGUUCUAUUUUUCUAUUUCCUGUCUAUACAUGUACAGUUGGGUCCGGCGGUGGAUAUCCCUCGCCUUUUGUCGUCAAGUCUCUUUGAAUGAAGUCUGAGGCCUCUCGCUCUUAAAGCCGAGGCCAAACACUACUCUUAAACCAGUACGUGGACAUCAUGAAGGCACAAGUCAAGCAUCACCACCAAUUUGAAUGGCCUCUCUGAGAAGGGGGGGGGGUAUUCCCUCUGCUAUGUGAAGACGAGACGAUGUCAUUCCCAAACUUUUAGUUCAAUGCCACCUCCAGUAAACAUGAAUGUGAAAUGCAUAUCGGAGCAGUUAAACACUAAACUCAUCACCUCCAAACACACACACUUAUUCAGGUGAAUGUUUAAAAAUGCGUGUGGAUGCUCACACUGGGCAUCGUUGGAGGCUCGUGGAACAAAACGGAUUUGUUGAUGAUUCAGUGACUUUUCUCCCUGUGUAGCUAAAUGAACCAUUUACUUAGACUGAGAAAAAAAAAAAAAGCUUUCUACACUCACUAUCCCAUGAAUAAAGUUUUGAAUGUACAUAUAA